ACAUCACUUUUAUUAAACGAAAAAAUUAAAAACAAUUUCGAUUCGCUCGAAUUAAUCGGAUCUGGUUCAUUUGGUGAAGUAUAUAAAGUGAGGCAAAAGGCUACAUCAAAUUUUUACGCUAUUAAAAUAACUGAGUUACGCCCGGCUGCAAUUAAAGAAUUACAAUUGCUCACGCACGUUCAGAGCGUAUUUGUGGUCAAAUUGGAAUCGUUUUGGUCCGAAAAUUGUAAUAUUUUUAUUCAAAUGGAAUAUUGUCACGAGAAUUUAAAGAACGUUUUAGAAAGCCGCCAUGCUGCAUUUAACCGGGAUCGCAAUACUUUAAUAAAAUUAAUUGAAGGAGUUAAUUAUUUACAUAAGAUGAAUUUGGCAGUUAUACACCGUGACCUUAAGCCUGACAAUAUAUUAAUAUCGUACAAUACUAUUGAUACUAAACGUUUUAUCAAACUUGCUGAUUUUGGCCUUGCUACAUAUCAUGCAGAAAGCAAUAUGGAACAUACAGAGGGCGUCGGUGCCCCGGCAUAUACGCCAUAUGAAGUUUAUAAUGGAGUGUAUGGAUCGAAACGAGAUAUAUAUAGCCUUGGUGUAAUUGGUCAAAAACUUUUUGAAAUCGAAUUCAACGGG